CUACAGUAAAUAUGCUAGUUAUUUAUUUAGGGUGUCAGAUGAUGCCACACUUGAUUGUGUAAAUGCAAAGGAAUUGAUCUCUGUAGGCUGAUCAAUUCAUAUUUUCUUUUCCCUUAUCAUUUCUUUCGGAGGUAAAGUGUAUGAAAUCCCUUGAACCUGAUGUUGUUAUAAAUAAUUGCACCUCACUUCAGUAUGACACAGAAGCUGAUGAAACAUCCUGUCAGCUGCAUGCGUGGCUCAGGCUGAGUAAAGAAGAAAGUGUAACACAGAAGUGAGAAGAAACUGUGCAAUACAACUGCAGCAUACAGGGAAGCGUGAUACCAGGCAGAUCAACAAAAUGCAACUGAUUAUUAGGAAAUAGACCACCUAAAGAGUCUUAUUUGGUACAUGGAGUUUGGUAUUAGUUGGAAGAAACAAGAGGCCAACGGAAAGCAAAUCUUGGUAGACAGAAAUUGAGAUGUCUGAGUACAUUUAUGACAAUGAUCCUGGUGAACAAAAGCAGAUGGAAGAAAUAGCCUUUAACACAUCUGGAGAGAGUGAUGAGGCGGAGGAGAGGACAGUGGUUAUUUAUGAAAGCUCAGACGUCUACGGGGGUCGCAAAGCUGUAACACGGCCCACAGUGCAUCAGCAGCCGGGCAGGACUGCUUUCUGGGCUGUGACCGCGUGCCUGGUGCUGCUCUGUGUUCUCCUCCUGGCUGCCGGUAUCGGCGCUGGACUCCACUGCAGAAUCAAACUGCAGACCCUCAAAGUGAGCUGGGCCGAGGAGAGAAAACAGACUGUGGUUGAACUCAAUCAUUUCUGUAAGGAUGGAUGUACAUCAUUCAACAACAGCUUUUACUACAUUUCUGCUCAACAAAAGAGCUGGGAGGAGAGCAGACAGGACUGCAAGGACAGAGGGGCAGAUCUGAUCAUUGUAAACAGCAAAGAAGAGCAGGUAUUCAUCAAUUCCUUAAACCGUGUAUUCUGGAUUGGUCUGACUGACACGGAAGAAGAGGGAACAUGGAAAUGGGUAGAUGGUUCAGUUCUGAACAGCACAGAGUUUUGGAGAAAAGGUGAGCCCAGCGGAAGUAUUCGGGGAGCGAUGCACAACUGUGUUGACACCUUUUGGUACACACAGCAGAGAAGCUGGAAUGAUAAUAAAUGUGCCAAACCACAGCUUUGGAUCUGCGAAAAGUGACUUCUAACAUUAUUUUUCAUCCUAAAUAAAAAAUAUAGGCCACAGUGAUAAGCACCAUACAGCAAGAUUGUGGGUAUGGUAAAAAGAAAUCUUGCUUAUAAAGCACUUUAAAAAAAAAAAAAAAAAAAAUUACAUUUUUAAAUACUGCAGCACAAGAAAGACUGUGAGGAACAAGCUCAGUACAUCAAGUGGGUCCCCUUCCACGGAGGCUGCCAUAUUGAACCGUGUUUCUACAGUAGCCCAGAACGGACAAACCAAACACUGGCUGUAGAUCUGGCCUUUCGCGUUUUUUGCGAGUUUCACGGCCACCGUAGUUUCUCUUACACACUUGGAACGGUAUGGGAUUGUGUAUGGGAGGGUGAGGCGAGCAGUAUUCAGUUGGUUGCAAUCUGCAAUUUCACCGCUAGAUGCCGCUAAAUCCUACACACUGCCCUCAAAAUACACUUUCAUCAUAUCAUGCUUUUGAUUUUGCUUACUUUCAAUAUAAAGUUACAUUUCUGAAAUACGUUUUUUAUUUGAAUGUUUGAAACUGCGUCAUUUCUGUAACAAAGAGUUUCCUCUCAGGGAUCAAUAAAGUAUUUCUGAUUCUGAUUCUGCUUAUAUAUAUAUCUCCUUGGCAUAAAGAAAACUAAAAUGAAAUGGACUUAAAUGUGUAUUGUCAAUACACAUGCCCAAGCUUGAAAAUAAAAAUGCCAACUGGAAUUUUGAUAUUGAGUUAUGUCAUCAUUUUGUAUUUUUAUGUGUAUAAUGGCAGGAUUUCCAGACUUGUUUUCUUGAAAAUGUCAGUCAUCCAUCAAAACCAGUUGGCAGGAUGUAAUUAAUGAAUUGAUACAUUAAAAACCUGAAAGUGA